AUGUCCUAAUAUACGUGAGCCGAUUUUUGUGCGGUGUAUGCGCUUUGCCCAGGUUCCAUGGAAGAGGGCACGGCCACUGCGCAUGCUCCUUGCGCAGUGGCCGCCAUGUUGGAGCAGGAGUGGGCUCGGGCUACGAUUUUCUGACGCCGUAUGUUGUUGUUUUGUUUGUUUGUUUGUUUAUUCUUCCCCUCUCCGACAAUUAUCCGCGUUCGCACAUAACAUCGACGGUGUCCGUCAACCGCGCGCGUCGUCCGGCGCCCCGAGCGGCACUUGGCCAUGAUGAACGCCAGCGUCGACCUGUCCCGCCGCAAUCCGCAGGAGGAUUUCGAGCUGAUCCAGAGGAUAGGAAGCGGCACUUACGGAGAUGUGUACAAGGCUCGUAAUGUAAACACGGGGGAGCUGGCGGCUAUCAAAGUCAUCAAACUGGAGCCAGGGGAGGACUUUGCCGUUGUCCAGCAGGAGAUUCUAAUGAUGAAGGAUUGUAAACACUCCAACAUCGUGGCCUACUUUGGCAGCUAUCUCCGGCGAGACAAGUUAUGGAUCAGUAUGGAGUACUGCGGGGGAGGUUCUCUUCAGGACAUCUAUCAUGUAACAGGGCCUUUGUUAGAGUCUCAGAUAGCCUACAUGUCACGGGAGACCCUGCAGGGUUUGUACUACCUUCACAAUAAAGGCAAAAUGCACAGAGACAUCAAGGGCGCCAACAUCCUCUUGACAGACAACGGCUACGUCAAGCUAGCCGACUUUGGUGUAUCAGCGCAGAUCACAGCAACUCUGGCCAAGAGGAAGUCAUUCAUUGGAACACCUUACUGGAUGGCUCCAGAGGUGGCAGCAGUGGAGAGGAAAGGAGGUUACAACCAGCUGUGUGAUAUCUGGGCUGUGGGCAUUACCGCAAUAGAGCUGGCCGAGCUGCAGCCACCCAUGUUUGAGCUGCAUCCCAUGAGGGCUCUGUUCUUGAUGACCAAGAGUAAUUUCCAGCCGCCGAAAUUGAAAGACAAGGUCAAGUGGACGGACAACUUUCACCAUUUUGUAAAAGUAGCCCUGACGAAGAACCCAAAGAAGAGGCCCACAGCGGAGAAACUGCUGCAGCACCCGUUCGUGUCUCAGCCGCUGAGCAGGACGCUGGCUAAAGAGCUGUUGGACCGAGCCAAAAACCCCGACCACAACAACUACAACGACUUUGACGACGACGACCCCGAACCGGAGUCUCCGGUGUCCGUCCCUCAUCGGAUUCGCUCCACCAGCAGAAGCACCCGUGAAGGAAAGACUCUCUCUGAGAUCAACUUCGGUCAGGUGAAGUUUGACCCCCCACUAAGGAAGGAGACGGAGCCCCAUCACGAACCGUGUGAUUCUGAGCCCUAUCUGGACUGUGUUGAGGAGCUCUACUAUACCGCGAGAUCUAAUCUGUUGGAGUAUAGCCACGAUUCGCCCUGCCUGCUCGGAGGAAACAAGAGUCUUCUCAAAUCGGUGGAGGAGGAGCUGCAGCAGAGGGGCCAUGUGGCACACUUAGGGGAUGAUGAGGAUGAGGAUGAUGAUGGUGCAGAUGAUGAUGAAACUCACACUCAUAAGAUGAACACUAUCCUGAGGCCAAAGGUCCCGCCCCCGCUUCCGCCCAAGCCCAAGUCCAUCAGCUCGCCCCAGCCGCAGCCCAAACAGGACGACAGCCAUUCGCACAGCGAGGACGACGGCGGCGGAGGCGGGACCAUCAAGCGCUGUCCGGUCCCGCAGACGCCCAGUCCCGCCAAGCCCGCCUCCAACGUGCCCCCGCGGCCGCCGCCGCCGAGGCUGCCGCCGCACCGCCGCAGCAGCCUAGGUAACGAGACCGCGAGCGAGCGCUCGGACGCUGACACGUCCGCCCCGGAGGACGAUGGGAGUUUUAGGCAUUUCUGGCAGUGGCUCCACACGCCUCACACAGAGGAGGAGCUGGAGGAGGCGUGGGAGGUGCUGAAGGAGGUGAAAGAGGAGCAGGAGAAAGAGAAUGAGGACGAGAGGAAUGGCCUCAACUCAUCGCACAACGGCGAGCAGCGCAGCGGUCCCGCCGACAGACAGCAGUCCACCAUGCCUCCUAGUGUUCCCGUACGGAAGGACAAGAAGGACGUUCCGAUGCCGAGUAGCAACGGGCUUCCACCUACGCCCAAAGUCCAUAUGGGUGCUUGUUUCUCCAAGGUAUUCAACGGCUGCCCUCUCAAGAUCCACUGUGCCACUUCCUGGAUCAACCCAGACACCAGAGAUCAAUAUUUGAUAUUUGGCGCCGAAGAGGGAAUUUACACACUCAACCUUAAUGAGCUGCAUGAGACCACAAUGGAACAGCUCUUCCCCCGUCGGUGCACGUGGUUGUACGUCAUGAACAAUAAUCUUCUGUCAGUAUCCGGAAAAGCCUCCCAGCUGUACUCGCACGGCCUGCCGGGACUUUUCGACCAGGCCAGACAGCUGCAGAAGUUACCAGUAGCCAUUCCCACACACAAGCUGCCUGAUAAGAUGAUACCCAGGAAGUUUGCUGUUUCCACUAAAAUUCCAGACACUAAAGGGUGCCAAAAGUGUUGCGUGGUGCGCAACCCGUACACAGGCCACAAGUACCUCUGCGGGGCCUUCCAGUCCCAUGUAAUGCUGCUGGAGUGGGUGGAAUCCAUGCAGAAGUUCAUGCUCAUCAAGACCAUCGACUUCCCUCUGCCGUGCCCGCUGGAGGUAUUUGAGAUGUUGGUGGUUCCUGAGCAGACCUACCCUCUCAUUUGCGUGGCGGUCAGUAAAGGCAGCGAGCUCAACCAGGUGGUCCGCUUCGGCACCGUCAACCCCAACCCCAACGCUACCUCGUCCUGGUUCACAGAGACGGACACGCCUCAAACGUGCGUGAUCCACGUCACGCAGCUGGAGAGGGACACCAUCCUCGUCUGCCUCGACCGCUGUAUCAAGAUCGUCAACCUCCAGGGCCGUCUGAAAUCCAGCAGGAAGUUGUCGGCCGAGCUCACCUUCAACUUCCAGAUCGAGUCCACAGUUUGUCUGCAAGAUAGUGUGUUGGCCUUCUGGAGGCACGGCAUGCAGGGGCGGAGUUUCAAGACCAAUGAGAUCACGCAGGAGAUCUCUGACAGUACACGCAUCUUCAGACUACUGGGAUCAGACAGGGUGGUGGUGCUGGAGAGUCGGCCGACCGACAACCCGACAGCCCACAGCAACCUCUACAUCCUGGCGGGCCACGAAAACAGCUACUGACACACGCACACAUGCUAACACCCCGCAUUAAGAGCCUAGCAACUAGCAAAAGGGAGUGCGCUGCCCCCCCCCCCCCCCCCCCCCCCCCCCCCCCUCCCCUCCGCACUACCCUUCCACAGCGUCGGCGAGGCGCCGCGGUGCGUUCGAGGGCAGAUGACUAUGUAAGUAACAAUCCUGCUCGUGACGCCCUCCCUGGAGGUGGGACCUCCACACCACUUGUACUACUUAGUCGUACACAUUGUGCUACUACUGCGGCCAUCUUGCACAGAGACCCUCCCCUCCCCUAUGCUAACCCCCCUCCCCUCACUUUUAUUUAUUGUGGCAUGACGUUAAUCCGCCAGCAGGACGACGACUCUCCUGUUUUUUAAGUGUUUAAAAAAAAUAUAUAUGAGGAGAAGGCUUUCGGCCGCCUCCGCUUAGCAACAACAGCCACGUAAGUGCUUAACUGAUGUCUAUUUAAUUGAUGUACAUAUAAAUGUAGUAUUUUUGGACAGAUAUGAACACUAAAAUUGCUCGUGUGUAGUUAGGCGUGUGCGUAGUUGCUCGGCACAAACAAACAGCGGGCGGACGGACGGACGGACAGGCAGACAAGGGGAAGUCGGCUGCUCACUUCCCGGUUCUCUGAUCUUGUGACAAGGAAGCAGAGACUAAUUCUCAGUCUCUUCGGGUGGACCUUUCGAAAAAUGACACAAUAUGACGACUUGUUCGUUCUGCACACGGUUUUGUUUUGUUUUUUAUUUUAAAACAUCUUUUUUUUUUUAUGCAGUUUUGAUCAUAAGGCUUCUUAUUACUUUUUUAAUUUUUUAUUUGAACCACUGGUGUUAAACAUUUGCACAGAGAAAAAGGUGUUUGCGAAAGAAAUGUGAUGUCUUUUGCGUGAAUGUGUGUGUGUGUGUGUUAUCAAUGUGUGUCUGUACACACAUCUUGUCCUGAAGCAACACAAACGUUAGAGGCUUUUCUUUUUUUUUUUCCCUCUCUCUCACAAUAUCUGCAUCACAGAUAUAAACUUAAACAAUAAGGAGCUCUUAAAUGUUCAAACCUUUCUCUUUUACUGAAACAGAAACUUAAAUGAUUACAAAAAAAAAAUAAUCAAUAAAUUGCUGCAGUAAUGAGACAUUUCAGCCGGAGACAAAGAUUGCUUUCAGUCAGCAACUUGCUUCCGCUGAUUUCCAAGGAAGAGCCCACAUUUGCAACAUGACGCCUCAGCUCCCCCCCUGAGAAGCACACCUUGGCAAUACAUGCAGUGCACAUACAUACCGUUUUAUCCACUCCCACUCUGUAAAACAAGUUUGUCCAGCAUGUUUUUUUUUUUGUUUGUAUUUUUUACGUUCUUUAAGAAUGUUUUGGGAAUGCGAAAACUUGUCUUCUCGUGUGUUUUCAAGCGACGGGCAAUUUUCGACUAUGGUUUUAUAAUUGUUCUUAUUUGCUGAAGACUCCCAUGUUAGAAGUUUGGGUACAUUUAACGUUCCCAGUUUCAUGAACAGAUUGAUCUGCAGUACUGCGCGUCUGAACUCCUCCAGACACUUGCUUGGCCUCCUCGCAAGUCUUCUAAAGCUGCUCUGUACUAUUGGCCAUGUGUAAUUAUUGGCUCGUCAAAUGUUUUCUAACAAGCCUUUGAAUUUCUGAAGCAGGCUCAAUGUAGGAACUCUCCAAACUACUUUAAGAACAACUCAUGAUGAUUUUCGUAAUCGAUUCCUCUGACAAUUAUUGUUUUGAUGAAUCCAAUUUUUUCAAAAAAAUGAUAAUUUACAAUUUUCCCCAAAACUGUAAAUUAUUUCAAAUGGACACUAGAAAAUACACAAACGCUAAUGAUUCCGUAAAAAUGUUGAUCCGUUUUCAAAACUCGAAGCACGUUUGCAAAUGUCUUAUUUAGAUGAAAUCAGUCUGCUUCUGUGGAGGACUCGAGAAAUCUGAGAAUAUUGUCUGAUGAAAGGCGGAAAUUGCAAGAAUUUGGACAAUUUUAUGUUCAAAAAAAUAAACAUCUCUUAAACGAUGAAUCGAUUAUCAAAAUAGUUAUUUGUUGCAGCCCUAUGUAAGACAAUGGAGCGACUGUGGCUCAGUUGGUAGAGUCGGCCGUCCGCCGGUUGGAGCGUCAGUGGUUGGAAUCCUGACUCUGACUGCUGUGGAAGUGUCCACGGAGAAGACGCUGAACCCUAAAUUUCCUCCAGGUCGGUAUUGUAAAUGAGAAACUGUUCUCAAUUGCCUUAACUGCUGAACUUGUUAAUUCUAUCCUCCUCUGACAAAUUAGAACUUGAAGAAGAGGGCAAGGGUAGGCGUUCACAAUCAGCCAUUUCUGAAACUCUCUGAAGUAAGGCCUGCUGUCAGAUGUUACAACUGUCUCUUGAGAAUCUGCUUGAGUUGAAACCCGGCCAACAUUUUUUGGUGUAGUCAGAUGUUACAGCUCCGUGUUAAGGAUCGGUUUCAGUUGAAACCCGGUCAACAGCUUUGGUGCAGUCAGAUGUUAACGGUCGUGUCUUGAGGAGCUGCCUUUGUUAGAACCUGGUCAACGUCUACUGUGCGGUGAGAUGUUAUGGCUGUGCCUUACGAUUCUGCUUCAGUUGAAACCUGGUCAACAUCUACGGUGCGGUCAGACGCUACGGCUGUGUCUUGAGGUUCUGCUUCAGGCGAAACUUUUUGUGAAUCUCCGUAGUUGGAUGUUAUCACUUCCCCGCUGGCUCCACGCCCAGUCACAGUGAUCGUCUUCGUUCUGCCGUUUGAGCCUGUUUUCAUGUUUCUGUCUGCCUAUGACUUCCCCGAGGUAUUCAAUAAGAAAGUUUUCCUUUUGAAAAGGCCGGCAAAUAAAGACUCCUCGACCUUUGAAUGGAUUCAUGUGUUUUAUGCUGAGCCCAUCCUCGUCCUUGCCCGAGGACACAAAAUAUGAUGCCUCGUUUUUGGGUUUUAUCUAGGGCUGCAACUAACAAUUAUUCCUAUAAUGGAUUAAUCUGUCGAUUAUUUUACCGAUUUAUUUAAAAAAAAAAAAAAAAAAAGCAACUGUCACUCCACUCACGUAGGAUAGCGCAGCAAUUUGUCUUUUUAUAUAUAUAUAUAUAUAUAUAUAUAUAUAUAUAUGUAUAUGUGUUUUUCCCCCCUUAGCUCCAAUUAUUUGAAAAGGUCUCACAUUCCAAAUGCCUUGACGUGGACGUUUAAAAUGUGGAUUUGACUCAUUUUAUGUAGAAAGCACACUGUGUCAAUUUAGAUUCAGUCGGCCUUGUGAUGUCGUGGACUUGUCACGUCACAUUUGACAGCGUGAGUGAGACAUUCCACUGAAAUGUGUUUUGAAUUCAUCUCCUGUUACCCCAAAAAAAAAAAGCCCUUUUUUUUUUUUUUAAAUUGUUUUUUUUAUUUUAACCAGCCGGCAGAUUUCAUGUGAACACUGACACAAACACACUAAAAAUCUGACUCUCUCCUGUUCUGUCGCUUUUAUUUUUGUCACACACGUUUUUGUUUGUUUUUCACGAUGCAAUGCGCACGUUAUGUGUAUAUAGUGUAAAAUAAAAUUUGGUUUGUUUUGCAUACUGUACAAUUGCCUAUAUUUUGUUUUGAGAAGUGUAACAAGAUUUAUGAGGAUGAGCGGUUAACUCAUUAAAAGUAAGAAGGAUAUGA